AUGUCCACAGUUAUUCCAAACCCUUCGAAUCCUUCGAAGCCUUUGAUAUGCCGUCGUUGUAAGAAGAAGAGAUCCACUCUGGAGCCUCCAGAAGAUCUAAAAUACAAGACCUGCCAGCCAUGUCGUGAAUUGGAGCGUAAACAAAAGAGAUUGAUGAAGUUGAAAAAUAGACCUCCUGAAGAACAGGAACGAUUCCUUCUGGAAGAAGAGAACCGCUCUAAACAGCAGCAGCAACAAAGACUGUUAGGUAACACUACUACGAACAGCCAUCGUCCUAUUGCCAAUAAUAGUGCUGCUGCUGCCGCGUAUGCCCUGCAUAAUCAAAUGAUUUCUCCUUCCAUCCUUCAUGACAGUAACUCUGCCACCUCUGCUGCUGCAGCUGCUUUGGAUCAGACGCACUAUGACAUUGCUUUGCUGAAGCAAGAGUUAGAGAAAAGUAAUAGCCACAACCCUGAUGACGAUUCCGGUCAUAAUGGAGGCCAUUUGUUGGACGACUCCGUUGAUAUUUCCAAGAUUGACAGUGAAUUGAUCAGCUAUGACAAGAAGCUGAUUAAUGACUUCACUUACAACGGAGAAGAAAUGGGUAUAAUUUCAAAUUAUGGGCCCAACACUGGUACUGGCUCCGGAAUUCAGAGUACUCAUUCCAAUGUGCAAGGUGGACCCUCCCAAGGUACCGCUCCGGGAGCUCCUAUCAAGUGCGAAGUAUGCGAAUCUCCAACAACAAACAGAUACAAUAAAUUAUGUGAUUCUUGUUCCACAGAUCCAACUACUAAUUCAAAUGUUUUAACCGAUUUGGGUAAAUAUCUAAAAGAAAUUAGCUACAACAGAAAUUUAGACGUGAAGAAUCUCAUUUAUUAUCAGACUAUACCCGUCAGUGACCUCUUGGAUGCCGACGAGGGCAAGGAAUUCAAAGAUGAGAUUGAUAUUCUCACCAAAAUCAACAAGUCAAAAAUUGAAGCUGCUUACAACCAGAUUUACACAACUUAUGUUGUUCCGACCAUUGAGUCAUCGACCUUCCAUUUUACCAAAACAAGCUCCAAUCUCAGUUACAAGCCUUUCCCCAAGAUCCUACGUGUUGAGUACAGGUGUCAACAGGACCUUAAUCCACCUCAAGGUGAAUCAGAGAAAAUAGACCAGAAUACUGCAGAACCAUCAAAGGGUAAGACUACUUGUCAGUCCAAUAUUUUUGUCUCCUACGAUUUGUUUUCGGGUAUGCUAAUGAUAAAGUAUACACACAACACCCAUGCAGUUGCUUGA